AUGAGGAAUGUGUGUCGUUUCUUUCUUGAGGGGAAGUGCAAGUAUGGGGCGAAGUGCAAGUACGAACACGUCCAAUACAGUGGGUUGGUUGAUCCACCUCAGUGGAUAUACUCGUGUUAUGGAGGCCUAGACAUGAUGGAGAUAUCGCCUGAGGAGGCCAGAUUUGCGUUGAUGUGUGGAGAUAUGAAGGAAACACUUGACAAUUUUUGGAUAGGCAAUUAUAUGGUGAUGUGUUCUGAGAUGGAUUUUCUUGAAGCAGAGGGUAGGAUUGAGUCGAUAACAAACAGAUAUGCAGAUAUGCGAGUGAAUCCGGAUGUAUUUAUGGCGCCACUUGAUGUAGACAGAGUUUUGGGAAUGAUUGGGCAAAUGCGAGAAGAAAAGAUGCGAGGAGGACAAAGAAAGCAAGGAGAUGGAAGAAGAGGGAAGUCAGGAUGGACGGGCAAUUCGCCAGCAAUUGGAGGAUUUGGGGCACACUCUGGAUAUGAUAGAGAAUAUAGAGGGAAGGAGCAGAUGCAUGCGCGUAGUCAGCAGGAGAUUGAUGUUGGAGGAAAUAAUAUGUUUAGUAGAAGUACAAGCGCAUUUGGCAGGAAUGCAAGAUAUGGAGACAAGGUUGGCAUGGACAUGCACGAAGAUAAAGGCCCUAGAGGAUUCAAGAAGGAGCCUUAUGCAAGAGGAAAUGAUUAUGGACAGAAGGAAAUGCCUUGGGGUUAUGGCAAAGGAAUACCUAAGAAGAAUGUUGGAGGGCAUGAUGAAUUUGAUAUGCAAGAUGUGCCGUCGUCUUUUGGAGGGCGCCAUGCAGAUAAUGAGCAUAGGAUGGGAGCGCAUGGCUGGGGAAGUAAUGGAGCAACGCCUGGAGUUAUGCAUGUGCAUAAUGGAAAGCAAGAUGAUUCUGAGUUUAUUGAGGAGGACUUUGAGUAUGGAAAGGUGCCUUACAGUUAUAGAAGGUCUAGUAAGUAG